AUGACUGUCCCGAAAGUCAAGCCUCGCGCGCAGCUCCGUACCCAGGCGAAGUCGCGUAGAACCAACAAGAAGUACCAUGUCGAGAAGCCAAAAGCGAAGCAAACAAACAACGAUGCGCAGAGCCCUACAAAAGCACCAAAAGUGCACACGUCUUCUGCUGAAUCCAACAACCCGAUCUAUGACGACAAUAGCAACCCCGCUGAUGAUAACGGAUCGUCCUUCGCCAGACGCCAUGUACUAACUACUGACGAUCAAGAGUCUGCCGGCGCCUUCAAAAGCGGUCUUCGAACCGUACUAAUACGUGACAGAGCCCCUGUUACCACAGACAACUCGGAACUAGCCGAUAGCGCUGCGGAUGAGGAUGACGACCCGCCCGCCUCUCUCCUGAACCUGGCGCCUCUUUGGUAUCCUCAGCCAGACUGGUCUUGGCCGGAAGAAACUCUACCAGCGGCAACAGAUACUACAUUAGGUGACUCUCCUCGCGGCUUCGUCGUAGCAAACCGGCCUGCUUCAGCCCCAUCUCCACCACGCCGCGAUGUUGAUCAUUACAGCAGUCUGCUAGCUCGCGACGAUACCAACUGGGCGGAGUGGAACAAGUUGAAUAUUACUGCAGACGCCAUGCCUUUCACGCGGUCGCAGUCGGACACCCAGUUGCUACAUCCUCAGACCGGGAAGAAGAUGGCACGGGCAAACGGUCACCUGACCAAGAGCCAGACUGGUCAUGCUUUCCUAGAAGAUGCCGGCCACCGAUAUCCGUUUGGUCAGGGACCGGGCUGGUAG